GUGUACAAAUGUGCCGACCACGCCCGCCUCGUCCUUCACAGCCUGAACGAACAGAGACGUCGCAACCUCUUCUGCGAUGUGGUUCUAGUGGUGGAGGAGCAGAAAGUCCCCGCUCACCGGAACAUCCUAGCGGUCUGCAGUGACUACUUCCACACCAUGUUCACCAUUGGCAUGCGGGAGGCUUAUCAGAAAGAAGUGGAGCUCUUCGGCGCCACUUGCCUGGGCCUCAGAGCCAUCCUGGACUUCCUCUACGGGGGUGACCUGUUCCUCAACAGCGGGAAUAUCGAUUCCGUCCUGGAAACGGCUCACCUGCUGCAAAUCUGGAACGUGGUAGAUUUCUGUUGCGAGUAUUUGGAAAACGAGGUGGACGAAGAGAACUACUUGUACCUCCAGGAAUUGGCUUCCAUCUUCAACCUCAAGCGCCUGGACUCCUUCAUCGACGCGUUCGUCAUGAAGAACUUCGGCGCCCUCUCGCUCACGCCUGACUUCCUGCAAAACCUUCCCGUCGAGAAACUCUGCCACUACCUGGGCAGCACGGGCGUGCAAGAGGAGUGUGAACACGACUUGCUGCAGGCGGCUCUGCGGUGGCUGAUGCAGCAGCCCGAGCGCGAAACGGAGGCCUACCGAGUCUUGGAGAACAUCCAUUUCCCUCUGAUCCCAAAGAGCGACCUCCUGCACCGGGUCAAGCCGGCCGUCUGCUCCCUCCUUCCCAAAGAAACCCACUGCGGGGACUUUAUCGAAGAGGCGGUCAACUACCACAACCAGCUGGCCGCUCAGCCUGUCCUGCAGAACAACAGGACGGUUCUCCGCAACCAGGAAGAGAAGCUCCUCUUCGUCGGAGGGGAAGUGUCCGAGCAUUGCUUGGAGCUGAGUGACGAUACCUGCUUCCUGGACCCCAAAACGGGACAGUGGGUGAAGGAGACACCGCUGCCCGCCAGGCGGAGCCACCACUGCGUUGCGGUUCUCGGAGGCUUUAUCUUCCUGGCUGGCGGCAGCUUUUCCCGCGACAACGGUGGGGAUGCGGCCUCAAAUCUUCUCUAUAGGUAUGAUCCUCGGUGUAAACAGUGGAUAAAGCUCGCCUCGAUGAGGCAACAGCGAGUGGACUUUUAUCUCGGCGCCAUCAGGGACAUGCUGGUGGCUGUGGGCGGCAGGAAUGAACACGGAGCACUGUCCUCGGUUGAGACCUACAGCCCCGAGAAGGACAGCUGGUCUUACGUCGCCGGCUUGCCCAGGUUCACGUACGGCCACGCGGGCGCCGUCCACGAGGAACUCGUCUACAUUUCGGGAGGCCACGAUUACCAGAUCGGCCCCUAUCGCAAAAACCUGCUGUGCUAUGAUUACCGGACGGAUGCCUGGGAGGAGAGGAGGCCCAUGAUCACCGCCCGUGGCUGGCACAGCAUGUCUACUUUACAUGACGACAUUUAUUCGAUCGGGGGCAGUGACGACCACCUGGAGACUAUGACACGCUUCGACAUCCUGGAGGUGGAAUCCUACAGCCCCAAAUGCAACCAGUGGACGAGAGUGGCGCCUCUGCUCCAGGCUAACAGCGAGUCUGGCGUAGCCACCUGGGACGGCAAGAUCUACAUCCUGGGCGGCUACAGUUGGGAGAACACGGUCUUCUCCAGGGCCCUUCAGGUCUACGACAAAAUGACAAAGCAGUGGCAGAAAGGGAGCGACCUUCCCAAGGCCAUCGCCGGCGUGUCGGCUUGCGUCUGCGUCUUGAGGCCCAGGUCGCACGACAAAAAGAAAAAGGCCAAGUCGCAAUGCCACGAACAUCGAGGGAGAUGAGGGGGUUGCGCUUGGAUCGAAGCCUGACCUUGUCCCGAUACAGGCAGACCGCAAAUUUACAACCACGAUUGGAAACCAGAAUUCCCAUCACUAAACGAGGCGGUUGUGAAGCAGUAUUGCACCUGAUUUAACGUCUUUUCUUCCCCUGGUGGUGGAGCAAAACGCCACGGUCGUUAAGUGAAUCGCAUAGUUGCUAAGUGAAUCCAGCUUUUGCUAUUGAUCUUUGUCAGAAGCUGGUUGGGAAGGUUGCAAUAUGGUGAUAAUGUGAUUCUCGGAUGCUUCAACCUUCCUUGCCAAGUGCCUGAAUUUUGAUCGCGAGAAUGCCACAAGAGUCGUGUGAGAACUGGUCGGAAGUCACUUUUUUUCAGUACCCAUCUGAACGUUGGAAUGGUUGCUAAAUGCACUGCCGUAAGUCGAGGACAACCUGUACAGAGAACUGGUUUUGGAAACUUCAGAACCAUACCUUCUUGACUUGGGCUAGAGAACUUCCUCCGUUGUCCAUCCUUGUUUCUCGGAAUGGCGAGCAAACGUUACUCCUUUCGGGAGCAACCUAAGCGUUAGGGCACGAAGUCUGUGAGAAGAAAUCAGCAGAGCAUCUACAAAUUGGGGAGAUGAAUGUCAGGGAUCUUCAGAGAAAGCAGGGCACAGGUAGAUUGCCUUUUCUUGGAAGGUAGAAUUGUGUCAGUAAAAGCCUGUCCGUCAAAGCUCACUUCUUGUAUUAAAAUCCUACUUUGGGCAAAUUGAUCAAAACGGAGAAAUGAAUUUGGAUUUUGGAUUUUAUUCAAUUUGUAGGCCGCCCUAU